AUGACCGGGUGUUUCCCGUGCGCUGCGGUGAAUGAGCUGCUGAAGACCAUCAGAGCUGCCUGGCCCAUGCUCUCCAGAGCGAUUCGAAGUGGGCAGGUUCUUUCUCCCCAGUGUCAGUUGGAGACGGCAGGCCCAGACGUUCAAUGUGACUAUGAUGUGGCCGUUCCUAUGAAGGAAGGCUACUCACUCACAGCGAAUGUGUUUCGUUCCAGGGCAAGAAUGCAAGCCAGUUCCCCAGAUCCAGUGAUCAUGUGCGCGCACAUCUAUGAUAAUCACAUUACACCAGCGCUCAAACGAACGCCACUCGGUGGUCCGCCACAACAGUACAGACUGAUUCCACAAGGCGUCCCCUAUCCGACGUUUUCUGAGUUGACGAGUUGGGAGUCUCCCGACCCGAACUUCUGGGUCUCCGCCGGCUACACGCUGGUGAACUUGAAUCUCCCCGGCUACGCCAACAGCGGGGGUGCAGCGCGAAUCAUUUCGACGAAGCAGGGCCGUGACUAUCGCGAGGCAAUCGAAUGGGUCGGCCAGCAAGAUUGGUGCACAGGCUCCGUGGGUCUGCUUGGUGUCAGUUACCUGGCGAUCAGCCAGUACUUUGCAGCCGUGGAAGGCUCCGCGAAGGAAGGCUCCGCUCUGAAAUGUAUGGUGCCCUGGGAAGGCCUGACGGAUAUGUACCGUGAUGUGGCAUGCCCAGGAGGAGUGAACGGGACAGGCUUCCUGAACUUCUGGUGGAAUACCGAGGUAAAGGAGGCUCUGAAUCAAAGCGUGGCGGAGUUCAUUGCAAACGAAGGCGGCAUACCCCCGGAGUUGAUAAGCAAGCACCCAUUGAUGGAUCAGUAUUGGGCGGACAAGGCGGUGGAGCUUGAGAGGAUUGAUAUACCGAUGCUUGUAUGCGGGUCUUUUUCAGAUCACGAGCUGCAUACACGAGGCUCUCACCGGGCUUUCAGUCGAGUGAGCUCAGAAAAGAAGUGGCUUUACACCCACAGAGGUGGGAAGUGGUCUGAGUUUUACUCCCCGUCUGUGCAGGAGCUUGUGAGGGACUUCAUGGACCAUUUUCUGAAGGGUCAAUCGAACCGCUUUGAAUCCUUACCACCAGUGCGCCUCGAGAUCCGGAGUAGCCGUGAAGAGGUGCGCGAUGUCAGGUGGGAGCAUGAGUGGCCUUUGGCCAGGACUGACUACAAGUUGUUGCACUUGAGCGAGCAGGGUCUCGCCCCUGAGGCACCGGCCGAGUCUGAGCACUGCUAUGACGGUCAGCACGGCCGGGCAGAGUUCAAAUAUACCUUCACUCAGGACACCGAAGUGAGCGGUUUCAUGAACUUGCGUCUAUGGGUCGAGGCACGCCCAUCUUCCACACACCCCGCCUGUCCGGAUGACAUCAUACUCUGUGUGGUCGUAGACAAACUCGACAGUGACGGCCAGCAGGUGCGGUUCAACGGAACUGUUGGCAUCCAGGAUGAUGUGGUCAGUCGAGGCUAUCUGCGGGUCUCGCGCCGGGAAAUCGAUGCCAGCAUCUCGACGGACUGGUGGAAGGAACCGAAAGGCAGCGUAGUUCAGCCCCUCGAGAGUGGACAGGUUGUGCCGAUUGAGAUCACACUGUGCCCGACGGCGACUUUCUUUUGUGCCGGUGAGGGCAUGCGCCUGGUGGUUUCAUCCUUCGAGACCUGCCCAUCGCCCAUCUUCACAAAGGAUCUCACCAGCAACAAUGGGCUCCACGUACUCCAUAUGGGGGGGCGCUUCGACUCAACUCUCAGCGUCCCUGUCAUUCCCAUCAAAGAAGCUUGA